GUGCACGGCGGUAGCGGCUCGCAGAGGCUGUGGGGAGAGAAGCGGCGGGCGCGGCGCCGCUCUAGGGUGUGAAAGAUGGCAAGCCCAGAUAGAAGUAAACGGAAGAUAUUAAAAGCCAAAAAAACAAUGCCUGCAAGUUGCCGGAAGCAAAUGGAGCUCCUGAAUAAAUCAAAGAAUGUUGAAGCACUGAAAACAGCAGUAACUGGGAAUAACGUGUCAAGUGGUAAUCAGAAUUCAAGUACUGGUGCCAUAAGUAGCAAAUGUAGGCAUUCUGAAAAUGAUGCUUCCUCAUUGGACUCUAUGAAAAAUUCAGUAUGUGCACCAAAAAGUAAAGUAUUUUCUCAGAAUUUAAUAAAACCACUAGAAAUUGUUGAUUCAGAAACAAGAUUGGAACAUACUGAAGAACAAAUUGUGCACCCCUAUGAAAAGCCAAGUAAAGCAACAGAAUCUCCCAGGAAACUCUUAAAACAAGAGGCAAAAAAGUCACAAAAUACUUCUGAAAACCAUUUUGACUGUCAGGCAAAUGUAACAAGAUCUUCUUUUGAACAUGAAGAGAAUUGUAAUCUGAAAUCUAUUUUCCGUCCAUCUAGUGUGUUGAGUGAUGUAGUUCAAAUGCCACAGCGUACAAUAACCAAUGCCUUGGAUGGUAAGAGAAUGGACAAGAUAGUUUCUCAUUUAGAAACAAACUCCAAUUCUCAGUCACAUGAUAAAAGGCAGAAUGACAUUUUAAUUUUAAGUUCAGAUACCCCUUUAGUGCCUGUUGAUAAAAUACCUCAGUUGGUGAAUUCAGUCAUUUCCAGUAACUGUGCUGCUGACAUUUUGAAAAGUGAAGAAUCCUGUAGAACCUGUCAUUCCAGCAUUUUAAAUUGUGAAAAUACAGAUGCAACAUGGCUGUCCUCACUUGACACUGAUGGUAAUAACAGCCAUAAUCAAAAGAAGAGGAUGUUUUCAGAAAACAAAGAAAAUGUUAAGCGGGUGAAAACUUCAGAGCAAAUUAAUGAAAAUAUUUGUGUAGUUCUGGAAAGGCAAACAGCAUUGCUGGAACAGGUCAGACAUUUGAUUCAACAGGAGAUCUGUAGUAUAAAUUACAAACUAUUUGAUAACAAACUGAAAGAACUGACUGAACGCAUUGGGAAGACACAGUGCAGGAAUAAACAUGAAGCAAUAGCUGGUGAACUCUUCGCAAAAAUAACAAAACUUCAAAGACGUAUUAAAAGGGUAUUGUUGUCACAAAGGAAUUGUUUGCAACCAAACGUGGUAUCCAGUAACAUAGCCUGUAAGGUUGCAAAUUCAGAGACUAUGAAUUUGAAUAAGAAUCCAGAGUCAGUUAAUAGUCCACAGGAAAGAAAGACUUCUGUGAACUCUGAACCUUCUAACUCUUCAGAAAAAGCAAGUGAAAAGAUUAAUUUGUCACAGGAUCAUAAUGAGGCUGUUUCUGAAAGUAACAGUGAUGAUGUCAUAUUGGUUUCUGUGGAAAGUCCUGAUUUGACAACUCCAAUUACAUCAAAUCCAACAGAUAACGGAAAAGUUACAUCAGGAAAUUCUAACAUUUCACCUGAUGCUGAAACUGAAGCUGUGGUUAUAGAGAAGAAACUUGAUUCUGUGAUUGAUCUGACAAAAGAAGGCUUGUCAAACCGCAACAAAGAAAGUCCCACAUCUACCGUUGAGUCGCCUACAAAAGCUGUUUCAGUCUCAAAAGAGACAACCCCAGUGGUGCAAAGUGCAGCCCAGGUUCUUGACUCCUUUGAACACCUGCCACCUCUCCCAGAAUCACCACCGCUGUUACCUGAACUGGUAGACAAAAUCCGAGACACACUUCCUCCCCAGAAGCCCGAGCUCAAAGUAAAACGGGUCCUGAGACCCAGGGGCAUUGCCUUGACUUGGAACAUUGCCAAAAUCAAUCCCAAGUGUGCCCCCGUGGAUAGCUACCACCUCUUCCUGUGCCAUGAGAACCCUAAUAAUAAGCUGAUUUGGAAGAAAAUUGGAGAAAUUAAAGCUUUACCACUCCCAAUGGCCUGUACUUUAUCUCAGUUUUUAUCUUCCAACAAAUAUUAUUUUACUGUCCGAUCAAAAGACAUUUUUGGGCGAUAUGGACCCUUUUGUGAUAUAAAAUCUAUUCCUGGAUUUUCUGAAAAUCUUACCUAAGGGAAGAGUAUUCAAUAGUUAUAUAUUGUACUACAUUUUGUUUUGUUUUGUUUCAUAUUUGAGUUGUUUGUUUACAAUGUUUCUUUAAAACUAUUGAUGUCUUAAAGGGACAGUUCAGAUUGUGAACCCUUUGUACAGGGACAGUCCUCUUCCCUAUGUUGUAAGUGGCCUCUAGUUUCAUGAUUUGCAUUCAGGAAGUCCUUCCAGUGGAUCUGUUCUAAGACAUACACUAUCAUGGACCUGUGUCACUAAGCUGUGUUAGGUACACUACGUUUGGUGACUGACUGUGUAUGGAGUUGCUGCUUAUGUCAGAAGCGCUAGGAUGCAAGUAGCCACCAUUUCCUCUGUUGACAAUCAGCUUUUAGUGACUUGCUUGUGGUCAGUGUAGGUACAGGAAUAUUCAGCUCUUUACUGAAGCCAGAUCAUCCGCGGGGUGCAUAUCCACCAAGAAGUUAUGAAAAUAGAUGUCUUCCCAUUCUGUUCAAAUUCUGAGGGCUAUUAAUCUGUGCCCCCUCCCCAUCCCCCCCUCUUGCUUUGGGCCAUGUCAGUCAUUUGGGGAAAUAAGUAGUCUAGAGGUUUCCCUGAAUUGGUUUGUCUACUUACAUAUGUAAUAAAAUUAGUUAAAAAUUGUGUGCUGGGUACACAAAAAAUACAGAAAUAAAAAAUCUAGCCUACUAUUUCAGUUGGAAAGUGGAGUUGUCUGCCUUAGAUUUAAGGCUUUACUUUGCUGACACCGUGGUGCGACCCUUUGCUCAUUUCCUGGCUGCCUCACUACUUGGAGAAGGAGCAUAAUGCUCAGGGGCUCCCGCAGACGCGUCCUGCUUACCUCCGUCUGAGGGAGCGCUGACGUGAGCUGUGGCUCGACAAGGAGCCCAGGAAACUCACUCGACGGAAGUCAGUCAGGACCCAGUGGGACAACUGUGGAUGAGCAGCUCUAGGACACUGAGAAAAAAGAAAACCAUUAGUGUGAGCUUCUGUUCAUAAGAGGCACUCUUUCCUGGUACACAGUGAAAGGUCGGGCCUCAGAGACCAUGAGGUUGAACAGCAAAUGGUUUUCCUUGGCAUUUUGUGAAUGCCUUCACAUCUUCAGUCAUAAAUAAAGCUGUUAUUUUUCAGUC